AUGUCCCACCUAAAGGCGGAAACGAAAUUCCAAACGAAAAACCAAAGGACCAAUGGAAAUAUGGAUGUUGGGGAGGAGGAAGGAUUUGCCAAUGACGUUGAAGAACCUUUUAUCAAUACCGGAUACCUUCAUUUAAUGGUGUGGAGGAGGCCAAUGAACUGGCUUAAUAUUGUUGUAUCGUCCAAUCAGAAAGGAGGAUAUACCGAAAACGCGGAUUGA